AAGAAAAAGGAAUUGGACGAGGUUCUGCGCUCUGUUGGAGCUCCGGUAGAUGAAAAAGAAGUAUCCGUAUGUUUAACUCACUGCACUGACUGUCAAAUGCAACCUAGGUUGUCCGACUCGCACAAUAAUACCUAGCACUCAAACAGCAGACUAACCGAAUACCUUGCUCACCAGACAGCCGAAGAAAACCAAGCAGAAAUAACAAACUACGAUUGCAAAGUAUACAAAGCAUCCAGACAAAUGGCUGAUGCCAUGAUGAUGGAACUCCGAGCCCUGAAAAUCCCCUUCUUCGCCAUCAAAUCAACCUUUAUUGAAACGACCAGCACCAACAGUGUAGAAUCCAAACGAUCUAUUAGCGACCCUCAUAGCCAACAGACUCUCUCCAGAGAUGAAUUAUCUGUUCUUCAGAUACGGAUGUUGGAGUUACUCCAAGAUCUUUGCCGGGAAUGAUUUGGAUUGUUCUGGCCACUAGACGUGGCAUUUCGUGAAGGAUGUCCAGAUUACGAAUAUCUGCUGGUAUAAAUGACAACAUCUCCCAGGCCAGCAUCGGCACUUGGCCAAGAUGUGAUACCCGAUUAAUAGCUAAACACCAUGAAGCAUAUCAGAGCUAUUGUUUCUGGGUUAGCAUUGAAACCGAUUAUAUUACUUCAAUACAAUGGAAAAAGGCAAUGUCAUGAUUAUGAAUUAUGUACACGGAACGUUUCUAUUCCAACCCCUGGAACCAAG